CCCAUAGUACCAUAUUAUUCUCUAACAUCAAUCUUCCUUCGUUUGUUUGUUUGUUUCUUUCUCUCUCUCUCUCUCUCAUAUUGGUUCUUGAGAGACAUAUCCGUGGACCUCAAAAAAUAAAGAGGAUCUAGUAAAAAUGGGGAUAUAUUCUCUAAUCACAGGGAGAAGAGGACCAAGUGGGUUUGGUUCAGCUUCAACAGCCGAGGAGGUUACUCAAGGGAUUGAUGCAACUCAUCUCACUGCAAUUAUCACAGGAGGGACAGGAGGAAUAGGAAUGGAGACAGCAAGAGUAAUGGCAAAGAGAGGUGCUCAUGUGGUGAUUGGUGCCCGAAACAUGGGAGCUGCAGAAAACGCCAAAACUGAGAUUCUCAGACAAAACGCAAACGCACGUGUCACACUGAUCCACUUAGAUCUCUCUUCCUUCAAAUCCAUCAAAGCCUUUGUUCGCGACUUUCAUGCCCUCCAUCUUCCUCUCAAUAUCCUCAUAAACAAUGCAGGAGUUAUGUUUUGUCCAUACCAACUCUCUGAAGAUGGAAUCGAACUGCAGUUUGCUACAAAUCACAUUGGUCAUUUUCUUUUGACAAACUUGCUCCUAGACACAAUGAAGAACACUGCAAAAACCAGUGGUGUUGAAGGAAGAAUUUUGAAUCUAUCAUCUAUAGCUCAUAUCUACACUUACCAAGAAGGAAUCCAAUUCGACAGCAUCAAUGACAUUUGCAGUUACUCGGAUAAAAGAGCUUACGGCCAAUCGAAACUAGCAAAUAUAUUGCACGCAAAUAAGCUCUCGCGUCAACUUCAGGAAGAGGGAGUGAACAUAACAGUGAAUUCAGUCCACCCCGGUCUCAUCCUCACCAAUCUCUUCCAACAUACAGCUCUUUUAAUGAGUAAAUUUUUCUUUCUCUGUUUUUGUUCAGUUUAUAUUCUUUUCAUUUUUACUAUGAUCUAUUCUAACGUCCAUGUUUUCACAGGGUUUUUGAAGUUCUUCAGCUUCUACUUGUGGAAAAAUAUACCCCAGGGAGCAGCUACAACAUGUUAUGUUGCUCUUCACCCAAGUCUGAAGGAGGUAACAGGAAAGUACUUUGCAGAUUGCAAUGAAGUUACUCCAAGCAAACUUGCUAGAGAUGAGACUUUGGCACAAAAACUCUGGGAUUUCAGCGUUAAGCUAAUCAACUCUGUCUCUAAAAAGAACUACCUUGGUUUCGAAGACACAAGUUAAUGAUUAACAAGAAGAAUCUCUUGUUGUCGCGAAAAUGUGUGAGAUAUGAUUGUGAUGUUUUAAACAAAAAAAAAAGUUAUCAAGUGAAUAACUGAUGUUAAGCGUGAUAUUCAUAGCAUGUGCAAUAAAAAAUGGUUGUUAUUAUUAA